GCUAGGGUGGAACUGGAGCCCCUAAGGCAUCAGCGCAACCAGAGCGCGCGCGAUUGGUUGGGGUUUGUGGGGGCGGUGCGCCUUCCUCGACAAUGGAUUUGAUUGGUGGGGCGUGGAAAUGGCGGCUGUAGCCGAGGGGGCGGCCGAAAAGCAGGGGCGGCCGAAAAGCAGGGGCGGCGUCUGGGCCACUUUCGCAACAUUCAGACCUCGGUUGCAGCCCGGUGCCGUGAGCUGAGGUUUCACAUCUUACUCCGCCCCACACCCAGGGCUUCGCAGCGCUGGGCUCGUUGCUGCAGCCGGAGCCUGCUCGAUGGGCACGACUGGGUUGGAGAGUCUGAACUUGGGGGACCGCGGAGCUGCCCCCACCGUCACCUCUAGUGAGCGCCUAGUCCCAGAUCCGCCGAGUGACCUCCGCAAAGAAGAUGUUGCUGUGGAAUUGGAAAGAGUGGAAGAAGAUGAGGAACAAAUGAUGAUAAAAAGAAGCAGUGAAUGUAAUCCCCUGCUACUAGAACCCAUCGCUUCUGCUCAGUUUGGUGGUACUGCAGGGACAGAAUGCCAUAAGUCUGUCCCAUGUGGAUGGGAAAGAGUUGUGAAGCAAAGGUUAUUUGGGAAGACAGCAGGAAGAUUUGAUGUGUACUUUAUCAGCCCACAAGGACUGAAGUUCAGAUCCAAAAGUUCACUUGCUAAUUAUCUUCACAAAAAUGGAGAGACUUCUCUUAAGCCAGAAGAUUUUGAUUUUACUGUACUUUCUAAAAGGGGUACCAAGUCAAGAUACAAAGACUGCAGCAUGGCAGCCCUGACAUCCCACCUACAAAACCAAAGUAACAAUUCAAACCGGAACCUCAGGACCCGAAGCAAGUGCAAAAAGGAUGUGUUUAUGCCGCCAAGUAGUAGUUCAGAGUUGCCGGAUAGCAGAGGACUCUCUAACUUUACUUCCACUCAUUUGCUUUUGAAAGAAGAUGAGGGUGUUGAUGAUGUUAACUUCAGAAAGGUUAGAAAACCCAAAGGAAAGGUGACUAUUUUGAAAGGAAUCCCAAUUAAGAAAACUAAAAAAAGAUGUAGGAAGAGCUAUUCAGGUUUUGUUCAAAGUGAUAGCAAAAGAGAAUCUGUGUAUAAUAAAGCAGAUGCUGAAAGUGAGCCUGUUGCACAAGAAAGUCAGCUUGACGGAACUGUCUGCAUUUUUGAUGCUGGAGCAUGUGGUGAGACCCUCAGUGUGACCAGUGAAGAAAAGAGGCUUGUAAAAGACAGAUCGUUGAGUUCAGGAUCAAAUUUUUGUUUUGAACAAAAAACUUCCGGCAUCAUAAACAAAUUAUGUUCAGCCAGAGAUGCAGAACACAAUGAGAAGUAUGAGGAUACCUUUUUAGAAACUGAAGAAACUGGAACAAAAGUAGAAGAAGUUGCAGAAAAGAAGGAACAUUUGCAUACUGACAUUUUAAAACGUGGCUCUGAAAUGGACAACUGCUCACCAAGCAAGAAAGACUUUACUGAAGAUAUCAUCCCACGAACACAGAUAGAAAGAAGGAAAACAAGCCUGUAUUUUUCCAGCAAGUAUAACAAAGAAGCUCCUAGCCCCCCACGACGUAAAGCCUUUAAGAAGUGGACGCCUCCUCGGUCACCUUUUAAUCUCAUUCAAGAAACACUUUUUCACGAUCCAUGGAAGCUUCUCAUCGCUACUAUAUUUCUCAAUCGGACCUCAGGUAAAAUGGCAAUACCUGUGCUCUGGAAGUUUCUGGAGAAGUAUCCUUCAGCUGAGGUAGCAAGAACCGCAGACUGGAGAGAUGUGUCAGAACUUCUUAAACCUCUUGGUCUCUACGAUCUUCGGGCAAAAACCAUUGUCAAGUUCUCAGAUGAAUACCUGACAAAGCAGUGGAAGUAUCCGAUUGAGCUUCAUGGGAUUGGUGCACCCUGAAGACCACAAAUUAAAUAAAUACCAUGACUGGCUGUGGGAAAAUCAUGAAAAAUUAAGUCUGUCUUAAACUCUGCAGUUUUCAAGCUCAUCUGUUAUGCAUAGCUUUGCACUUCAAAAAAGCUUCAUUAAGUACAACCAACCACCUUUCCGGCCAUAUAGAUUUUAAUUAGCCCAACUAGGAGCCCAGUGUGUGUGCUUUCUUAAUGUGUGUGCCAAUGGUGGAUCUUUGCUACUGAAUGUGUUUGAAUAUAUUUUGAGAUUAUUUUUAAAUAAAUUAUUAUUUGACAACAAUCCAAAAAAAGUGUGUGGCUUUUCCAAAAAUGAAAUAUAAUCAGAAGAUAAAAAGUACAUCUAAACUAUCAAUAAUACAAAGCAAAUUUCUAUCAACCUUGCUAAAGCUAGGGGCCCACUAAAUAUUUUUAUUGGCCAGGUGUGGUGGUGCACGCCUAUAGUCUCAGAAGGCUGAGGCAGGAGGAUCAUUUGAGCUCAUGAGGGCCCAGGAGCUCAAGGCUUCAGUGAGCCGUGAUCAUGCCACUGCACUCCAGUUUGGAUGACAGAGACCCUGUCUCAAAAAAUAUAUAUUAAAAAAAAAAAAAAAGCUAACCCCAAAGUCAAAUAA